AUUCAAGGAGGACGAGUUGCUUACAUUCUUAUAUUCAUUCAGGCUCUUUUCAGACGAGCAAGAGGCUUUCAAAAUUCUUGAUACUUAUUGUUUCAUUUUUCCUUGCAUAAUCACCAAUGUAGUAAAAAAUUAUUGGAGAUUAUCUGUAUUGUCCCCUCAGCUGAUUCUUCAAAAUUUCCUUUACAGAAUCUGAAGAAAGUGUGGUUUCCUCACUUAGUUCAUCUAAAAUUACUGUUUUCCCUUAUCAAGAAGUUCGCAAUGCAACUUCUAACUUUACAUGUCUUCAAAGAUUGACCAAGGAUCUUAUGGAUCUGUUUACCUUGGAAAGUUAAAGAGGAACUGAUGUGGCUAUCAAACAGAUGAAAAAUACCAAGUCAAAAGAGUUCUUAUCAGAGGUGAAUAUUCUUUGCAAAGUUCAUCAUUCAAACUUGGUAAGUUUGUAUGUGAUGUCCUGUCUGUUGGGAUUCACUUCAUUUCAGUUGUUGUUCUUUUUAUUUAUCCUUUGAUUUGCCUUUUUAUUUCUUCUAAACAGUUAAUUUUCUGUUCUCUUGUAAGUAUCAAUUAGAUUCAACUUAUUGGAUAUGCUGCUGGUGGAGACUCUUUGUUUCUCAUUUAUGAAUUUGCUGAAAAUGGUGCAUUGAGUGAUCACCUGCAUAGACCCACUGCAAGAGGUCAAUAUCUACUAACUUUUCUGUGGUUUACCCAUGCAAAAUCGAACUUUAGUAACUUUUUGUUUGGAAGCAGCCAUCACAGUAUCCCAGGCUGCAUGUUUGACCUCAGUAAAAUAGUUAUCCAGCUUUAUGUUUAGCCCGAUGACCUGGAAAUAACUGUUGUCAGAUUCCAUAACCUGUCCAUCUGUGCAUUGUGUGCUCACUCCCCCGACCCCACUUGGAUGCAUGGACCCCAUGUAUGCAAAAGCCAUCUUAACCAAAGAAAGCAUUAAUUCUUGAAAUGUUAUGAGCCAGAAUGCUAUAUCUGUUGUACAUAAUAUUAUUAACAUACUAACUUGCAGCAUAUCAACAUGUCAUAACCUCCCACUUGGACUGCCAGAGUCCAAAUUGCACUUGAUGCUGCAAAAGGUCUUGUGUACAUACACAAGCACACAAGACCAUAUUGUGUUCAUCGAGAUGUGAAGACAAGCAAUAUUCUCUUAGAUGCUAAUUUUCAUGCAAAGGUUAGUUUUUGUGUGAAAUUUUUUUAGAAGUACAGACUAGUAACAUUUUAACAAUUACGAAUGAUCAGUACAU